CAGAGCGCCGCCCCGCGCGGCCCGCUGAGGACGGGUCCCUUCUCUUUCUAUCGCCUUGGAUCGCAUCCCGACCCCCCGCCGCCCGGUGCGGGUACCGGGGGUCGGGGGUCCGCGUAGCAGUCUGUAUCUAUGUUUGGCGACAGAGUUCCAAAACAUCUACAAUAAACGACCAUGGCAUCUCCACAGCCUGGAAGCCAACCAGUUCCAGAGCAAUACACCCCUCCUUCCACAGAGAGUGAGGAGGGUCACCAUAGUAACGAGCCGCUCAGCAAGGAGCCGCUCCCGAAGGAGCCGCUCACUAAGAAGCGGGGAAGGGGCCGUCCCCCAAAGCCCAAACCCUCGUUCAAAUGCACGGUGUGCCAGGAGGCGUUGAGGAGUCCCUCCGCCCUGCGCAGCCACAAACUCUCCGCCCACGGCAAGGCGCCGCCGCCGCCCCCCGGGCACGCCUGCGCCCAGUGCGCUAAGACGUUCCCCAGCAAGGCCCAGCUCGCCAAGCACCAGCGCUCGCACGCAGCGCAGCGGCCCUUCCAGUGCCCCGACUGCCACAAGGCCUACAAGACGCCCACGGAGCUGAGGAACCACUCCCGCUCCCACAGCGGGGAGAAGCCCUUCAUCUGCACCGAGUGCGGCAAGGCCUUCAUGCAGGCCAUCUGCCUGAGGAUCCACAUGACACAGCACAGCGGCGAGAGGCCCUUCCCCUGCCCGCAGUGCUCCAAGAGCUACCCCAUGCUGUCCAAGCUCAAGGUCCACCUGCGCUCCCACACCGGCGAGAAGCCGUACUUCUGCGCCGAAUGCGGAAAGAGCUUCGCCGACCCCUCCGUGUUCAGGAAGCACCGGCGCAACCACCAAGGCCAUCGGCCGUACGUGUGCGAGGAGUGCGGCAAGUCGUACACGGAGCUGAAGGACCUGAAGAACCACGAGCGCUCACACACCGGGGAGAAGCCCUACCUGUGCUCGGACUGCGGGAAGGCCUUCUCCCGCUCGUCCUCGCUGGCCUGCCACCAGCGCAUCCACUCCCAGAGCAAGCCCUACCAGUGCGAGCAGUGUGGGAAGGGCUUCACUCAGCUGUCUUCCUACCAGUCCCACCUGCGCACUCAUUCGGGGGAGAAGCCCUUCCUCUGCCCGCAGUGCGGCAAGAUGUUCUCCGACCCGUCCAGCUUCCGCCGCCACCAGAGGGCCCACCUGGGCUUCAAGCCCUACCCGUGUGACAAGUGCUCCAAGCGGUUCCGCCAGCCGGCCGACCUGGCCGUGCACGAGCGUGUGCACUCUGGCGAGCGGCCCUACAAGUGCCAGAGCUGCGACAAGGCCUUCGUGGCGUCCUGGGACCUGCGGCGCCACCUGCUGGUGCACACAGGGCUAAGGCCCUUCUCCUGCACCGAGUGCGACAAGUCGUUCGCCGAGCGCUCCAGCCUCAACAAGCACCGGCGCGUGCACUCGGGCGAGCGCCCCUUUAAGUGCGCCAAAUGCUUCAAGUCGUUUGUCGUGUCGUCCAGCCUGCGUAAGCACGAGAGGACUCACCUCGCCGAGCGACCGCUGCCAGAGACGGGGGCCCGCUCCCCCCCGCCCCCCGGCCCCCCCACCGCCCCGCCCCGGUUCACCUGUGCCCGCUGCGACGCCGCCUUCGGCAGCUGGGAGGAGGCGCAGGCCCACGAGGGCUCCCACACCCCCCCCUCCGCCAAGACGGGGGGCUCGCACGCCUGUGAGACCUGCCAGGCGGAGUUUACCCAGCUGGCCGACCUGCAGGAGCACGAGAAGCAGCACCUCAAGGCCAGGGCCCACGUCUGCAGCAGCUGUGGGAAGGGCUUCCUCAACAAGGCCGGGCUGCGCAAACACCAGAAGAUCCACUCCAACAGCAGGCCGCACAGCUGCCACCAAUGUGGCAAAACCUUCUUGUUUGCCGCCUACCUUCGCAAGCACUUGAAAACACACCCCGAUCCCAACAUGGCAACCCAAUCCAGGGAGAACCAUCCCAUUCAGCACACAGACCCCCUCCCCCCGCCAUCCCCCCCCAUGGAGGGCCCGCCAAGCCCCAACACAGGGGAGCCCAGUGCUGGGACCAGUGCCGUAACCAGUGGCCUAUCGUUAGCGGUGCCGGGGGCCGCGUUCCAGGCCCUGCCAGAGUGCCUGAUAAAGGAGGAGGAUCACUAAACAUAUUUUGUUACUAUUCCGCUUUACAUUCUUUAGAUAUUAAACCAGCACUAUGAAACUUUUGGCAUGGAGCUUAUUAAUGCAUUUAAAAAAUAUCUGAACUUCAAUGUUUCUCAAGAAUUGAACAGGCCAAUCCACCAUUCUCCGUUCAUGGUUCACUGGUCACCGUUGGUCCCCUCGCCAAACCUCUGGCUCCAGCUCCAGCCACUAAUGGAGAGAGCAUUCAUAGUGCAGGUUUAAGGUCAUGCAUGACCCAAAAAGAUGCUUUUUAAAUCAAAAGCUAUGGACUAUUUAUCUAAGUCGUCACACUCUGUUAAUCGCAACAUUGUUCGGUUUUUUAUAACGUGUAUUGUCAUGUGAUUUGAAAGAUGUAAUUCAUGACUUGUCUUAAUGCUUUUUAAUGCAAGACAAGAGCUUUGUAACUUGGUAUUGUUAUACAUUCUUAUGUCCUAAUCAUGCUAUACUACUGUAAUAAUACAUGUUACAGCGCAAGAUCAAAUGGGUGUUUCAUUCCUCUGUACUUGUCCAUUUCAAAGUAAAGACACUUUUACUCGUU